AUGGAGCCCCCUUCAUCUCUUCUCCCAACGUGUGUCCCCUGGCAGGGGCUCCUGCUUUCAGCCUCACUUUUAACCAUCUAUAGCAUACCCACCAUGGCAGAGCCCACUGUGGAGUCCAUGCCACCUGCUGUUCUAGAGGGGAAGACCGUCCUUCUACUUGCUCACAACCUGCCAGACGACCUUUCAGCCUAUCGCUGGUUCAAAGGGGAAGGGUUGCUGGACAAAGAUCUGAUUAUAAUGUAUGACAUGAAAUCUCAAGAAGCUAGACACGGAAAGCUGUACAGCGGCAGAGAGACGCUGCACCCUAAUGGAUCCCUGAUGUUAUAUAAUGUCACCUUGGAGCAAUCUGGGGUCUACAACCUAAACAUCCAUUCUGCAGACCUCGGCCAAAAAUCAGUGUUUGUGGAUGUCUCUGUAUACCCUCUGUUGAGCAAACCCUCCGUAAGAAGCAAUAGAACCGCAGCCGUGGAGGGUCGAGACGCUGUUGAGUUAACCUGCGAGCCCCGCCUCCUGAAAACAACUUACCUGUGGCAGCUGAACGGUAAGCAGCUUCCAGAUGAUAAUGGCACCAUCCUGUCUCAGGGUAACACGACUCUCACUUUACUCGAGGUGUCGAGGCAUUUCAAAGGACCCUACGAGUGUGAAGCCAAGAACCCACUGAGUGCCUCUCGUAGUAUCCCAUUCUCUCUGGAUGUGUUCUAUGGCCCAGAUACCCCCGAGAUAUUUCCCCCCAACAAAUACUUUGAGGAAGGAAAAAGCCUGUGGCUAUCCUGCCAAGCAGAGUCUCACCCCAAAGCACAAUAUUCCUGGACUAUCAAUGGUAAACCCUGGAAUUCUAAAGAAGAGGUAUUUAUCCACAAGACCAGCGUAAGUAAUAAUGGAUUAUAUGCCUGCCUCGUCAGUAACCCAGCAACCGGCCGCAACAAUUCCACAGUCAAAGAGAUUACAAUAGUUGAGGAACUGCCAAAGCCCCACAUCCAAAUAAAAAACAGAACAGUCCUAGAGCACCAUUUCGUGGACCUGACCUGUGUGUCAGAAAACACCGGAGUGUCCAUCUGGUGGACGUUCAAUAAUAAGAGGCUGGAGGCCACAGACAGGGUGACGUUCUCCUGGAACAACAGAAGGCUCACCAUAGACCCGAUCACAAAGAAGGAUGCCGGCACGUACCAGUGUGAGGUCGCCAACCCCCUCGUCUCCAGGACGAGUGACCCCGUCAACCUGGCUGUGCUCUAUCAGCCAUCAGAAAGUUUCCCAGUAUCGGCUUUGGUUGCUGCUGGCAUGGCUGCUGAAGUCCUGGCUGGGCUGGCCAUCCUAGGAGGCCUGGCAUAUUUUGCGUUUUUCAAGAAACUGGACACGUCACAGACCCCAUGA